AUGGCCACCACACAGGUAUCAGGGAUGCCUUUUGUGGUGUCGACUAGCUUAGACAAGCCCGACCCCAAUCUACGCAAGUUCAUUAGGAAGCAUGUUAUGAUGGGAAAGAAUCGGGGCAAAACUCGGCCGACAAAGAAAAGGGAGAAGAAAGCAUUGGAGCUGGACUUAAGCGAGGUAGCAGACCCCACGAUACAUCUAACGAAGCCACCAGCUGCAAGCAAUUCCUCCUUAGUCGUAACUCGCCUUCCAAUCCCACCUAAAGUUGGCUCGGAGCUGUCUACCGUCCACUUUGCCGAUGAUGUAGAUCUCUCCACCGUUGCGGUCGUCCUACGAUUUUCUUCCAUCGCAAAACAAGCUUUGUUCCCUUUAGAAACGUGCAUAUCCUUUGACCAGGGUGACAAAAAGCAAUGGAUUGAGCCAUUAGCUUUCGACGCAGCCUACCUCCACACCAUGAUUUUUACGACGCACGACUAUUUCAAUUUGCUUUUGCAACGCGCACCUGGCGGAGAGACAUCGACUCACUUUUUCAAGACGAUCCAGAUUCUUCGUGAGAGGCUAUUGUAUGAAGGAGAUGGCCGUUCCAAAGUUUCAAUUCUCACCGCCUCCGUGGUUUUGGCUCUUGCGGGUCAUGCGCUCCUUAUGAACGAAUACGUCUCCGCUAGGCAUCAUUUGGAGGGCCUUCGUAAGAUUAUUGACCUAAGAGGAGGUUUAACUACUUUCAAGGGGAGUUCAAAACUUCUAAUAGAAAUACUUAGAUGCGAUCUUGGAAUGUCAUUAUACACUGGGUUGAAACCCCUAUUCUCAGACAUAUUGCUCUCCUCGGGACCUUCUCUGUUAUAUCCGGAGCCUCUCCCGACAAGCUCCUAUUGCAAAAUAAAUAAUUUACUCGAGGGUAUAACUGACGAACUUGUUACAACAUGGACAGUUAUGGAAGGAUUCUGUUCCUUGAUCAACCUCGCCGCAAAAUCUAAAACUCGUAUACCAAAAGAAAUGUUCCUAGACGCCAUGGCAUCGGUUAUGUAUCGUCUCCUCUAUAUGGAAUUUGCCGCCGACUCGACCAACGAAUUACUCCGCCUCGCUUUGUUGGCCUUCUCUUCGAGUGUAUUCUUGCAGUGGAAGUACAUGAGGAUGUCAUAUCCUCAUUUCUCUGCUCUAUACAAAGAUUGCCUUAUGAAGACGGCGGUGUCGGAUAUACCACCCCAGCUUCGGCUCUGGCUUCUCAUGGUGGGAGGCGUGUCGGUGUUUACAAGAGCCGAUGAAGAGUGGCUGAGACCUUGGCUGCGCGCUAUCAUGAAUUUGUGCGAUAUUGAGUUAUGGACCGAAAUGCAGGACAUUCUAGAUUCUUUCAUGUGGAUCGGAUUAGUUCACGAUGAACUCGGCAAGGAAGUAUUCGACUCUGCGUCUCUGCUUACAAUAACAUUAUAG